AUGGGGUCAUUUACACCUGACGGGUACACCUGCCAUGCUCACUGCCAAGACCUGGUGCACCUGGGCUGCCGGCAGAAUGGAAAAUUAAUGGACUGCCUCGCUCUCCAUGACACCUUAGAUCCAUUUUACAGCAGCAGUCAGGAUGUUCAGAAGGAGAGAGAACCUCAUGUUUAUCUCAGUAAAGAAGAAGUUAAAGAGAAGAUACAAAGCUAUAAUUCAUCUGUCACUGAUAAACUAAAGAUGACCUUGAACGCGAAUGGGAUUUACACUGGCUUCAUCAAAGUCCAGAUGGAACUAUGCAGACCCAUCACUGUGCAGUCCUCCCAGAGCCAGGGGAGGUGUGCUCCCAGCAGCCAGGAAACUGCUUUUUACCUGCCUGAUGGCUGCGUGAACACCCUGCACAUCAGCAGCACCAACACUGUGCGGGAGGUUAUCGAGGCCUUGCUCAAGAAGUUCUUUGUGGCUGACAACCCUGCAAAGUUUGCACUUUAUAAACGCUGUCACAAGGAAGAUCAAGUUUAUACAUGCAAGCUGUCAGACAGAGAACAUCCCCUCUACCUGCGCUUGGUGGCAGGCCCCAAAACAGAAAUGCUCAGUUUUGUUCUACGUGAGCAUGAAACUGGAGAAGUCAUGUGGGAAGCUUUUAGCAUUCCUGAACUGCAAAACUUCUUGCGCAUACUGGACAAAGAGGAAAAUGACCAACUGCAGAUCUUGAAGAACCGCUACGCAGCUUACAGGGGCAAACUUGAAGAAGCCCUUCGUGGGGUGUUGAAACCUGGUUAAAGGGGGCCAAAGGACACUCAGGAAAAGCACGCUACCAAACGUCAAUAGAGCAUGCCAAACCCAACUACAAAGAGCAGCAGAGAGUAGUUUUCUUUAUUCAGAAGACUGUUUUGUGAUGCCGGGGUAGACUUAGUUCCAUAAGCCAGGUCUUAUGCAUCUUAGCAUCUUGCACCCGUAAGUAAGGGAUUCUGCAUGUUUGUACAUCAGUUUGCAACCCUCUGUGUGCCUAGAGUUUCCCAAGGUAUCUUGGUGCAAGCUGUGAAACUGUAAGCAAUUUCCUAGGAUGCUAUGAAAUAAUGCCUUUUUAUUUUUCCUUCUUUGCUGAAUGGUAUCUCUACAAGUAAGGAUGUGCAAAUUGAUGGGUUAAAAAAAUAUUACUAAAGCCAUUUGAACGAGAACUAGUUGGAGCACUAUCUUAGAGAUGAAAUUGAUUUGCACUACCUUUCUGUUUUCAAAUAGUUACUGUAUAAUUUUUGAGAGAACUGUUAUAGGUGGAAAGCUUAUGAGAUCUUAUGGUUUGUACUGUGAAAUUUGUGGAGAGCUUUAAGUGGUCGUUGUGAAGAAGGUAAAGAGAAAGUUGAAAAGAAGGUAAGAGCUGGGGGAGAAGAACUCUAAUAGCUGACUGAGGAGGUUUUAAAUGAAAAUAGUAUUUACACAGAGGAAAGUUGAAAUACUAAUUCUACAAGGUUAAAGUUUUAGUAUGUUAUAAUAUUGUGAAUAAUUUUAUGGUUUUUAACUGCAUAAAUCCACACUGGAAAAGAAAUAAAGAUAAUAGAAAUAGUGGGAAGGAACGAGAAGCAAAAGCUAAGUAAGAAUGGAAAUGGAGCUGCACAUACAGGUCCCUUUUGGAGUAGCUGAUUCCAUAAAGGCAUAGUCAGGGUUUGAAAAUUGUGGCAAACCUAAAAAGCUGCUUACUUGAAUUCUGAAAAGUGGUCCAUGUCUCAGAUAACUCUGUGAGAAAUAUAUGUCUAGUGAGGGUGCAGAAAUAAGCUACAACUACAGAUGCAUUUGGUCUUUAUUGUAAGUCAGGUCUUUCCUCUGGCUCAGUGAUCCAUUUUUAGGCUGGAUAAUCUUGAAUUACCAUAUCAGAAAUAGCUUCCUCUGCUUCUUUCUUUGUUAAAGGCUCAGUCCAGAAAGAAAGUAGAAUUUCUUAUUUACAUUUUCCAGCCCAGCAGAAUGUUAACAUUUAUUGUCUGUGUUGGUGACUGAGCUUAGUAACUCUUGCUUGUAAUAAUUCAAAAAGUUUUUUCCUUAUGGUUUUUAAACUCUUAAUUGAAAAACUGAUUACCAAAUUCUGCAGACUGCUGAUUUACUUGAUUUAAAAGUAGAAAAAAUGUAGCAAGAAGACUUUUUACUUUAGUGUGAAUAUAGUUGUUGUUCUUUCAGAGUUAUUUAUGUAAAAAAAAAAGCAUGUUCAAAAGAAACCAAAGAAGUGGGUGUGCA